CCAUGUGGGAAAGAGCGUCUUCUGCUGCUGCUUCACUGUGUGGAAGCUGCAGUGGCGUCUGGCUGCUGGCAGGGGGCGACCUUCUCGGAGGCCGUGGUGUCUCCGGCGUCGGAGGGCAGCGGGAUCCUGCGUGUCCCCGGCGUGGCGUCGCUGCCUCAGUGCGUGGCGGCGUGCUGCAAGCUAACGGGCUACGAGCUGGCGUGGCUGUUCGAGGGGCGAUGCUACGUCCUGCGCUGCCCGCGGGCCGAGGCCUGCGCCCCCCGAGAGAGACCGGGCGCAGAGUCACGCCUCGCCUUCCUGCGGAGAGAGACCCCGCAGAGCCUGGUGCUGCAGUCUCUGGUGAGAGGAGAGCCGUAUGGCGGGGACCUGGAGGCCCUGAAGGACCUCGCCCUGUUCCCUGACCUGGAGUAUCCAGAGGAGAGCCAGGAGGAGAGGGGAGCCAGGUUCAACCAAUCAGAGGCCGGGGAUGCUCCAGAGGGGGGGCUGACGGGAAGCAGUGUGGACCAGAUUAAAGCCUCCUCUGAGGGGAACAUCAGCCAGGGAGACGAGCACAGAACCAGGAGACCGACUGACCCUCCUGCUGCAGAGAAAGCUACUGAAACACAAAGCAGCACUGGUUCAACGUCCCUGCCGCUGUUACUGCUGCAGGAACCCACAGCUGUCUCCACUCAGCACGACCAUAUAAGGACUCCCACCACCACCGCCGCGCCUCAUUGGCCGGUCAGCACACAGCCAGACAUGCUGAAGGUGCUGCAGUCAGCCAGACCUCCACCCACCGCCAUCAAAUCCACGAAAAGACCUGUGACCCCUGACCCCAGCACCACAUCGACCCCCAGCACCACAUCGACGCCCGGCACCAUCCCUCCAACAGUGACCACCCCCAGUGCUACAACCACUGCAACCACUGAGUCUGGGUCAGAGGUCGGCGGGUCAAACCGUGGCCCGCUGGCCGUCGUGGGUCCUGACAGGAAGCUGGUCCUCCCUGUGAGCAGCUUGUUGCUCAACGGCAGCGGCAGCACCGACGACCGCGGGAUCGUCAGCUACCACUGGCACAUUGUGAGCGGCCCCCCAGGGUCAAAGGUCGAGGGUGCAGACCAGGCCGUAGCCACGGUGACGGGACUUCGGGCAGGACGCUACAACUUCACCCUGACGGUGUCCGACCAGCAGGGGGUGACGGACAGCGCUUCACUCACCCUCAGAGUCCAGGGAGCCAGGACUUCUCUUCCGGUGGUGCACGCCAGCGGCAGCCACUCUCUGACGCUGCCCAACAACUCUCUGGUUCUGCGGGGCUCAGUGAGCGACGCGGACCCCAGCGAGGUGCACUUCCUGUGGGUCAGAGACAGCCAGAGCCCUGCAGCCGGGGAUGUUCUGUACGGCUCGGAGACGCAGGCCUCCCUGUACCUGGCCAACCUGGUGGAGGGAACCUACCUGUUCCAGCUGAGAGUCAGCGACGCUCAGGGCCGCUCCGGCAGCGCCACCGCCACCGUGGAGGUCCGCCCAGAGCCGGGCGGAGGGGAGGAGGUGGAGCUGGAGAUGCAGGUAGCGGUUUCUCAGGUGAGCGUGGCUCAGAGGGACAAGCUGGUCCGACAGCUUGCCGCGCUGAUCCACGUCCUGGACAGCGACAUCCAGGUCCGAGCACUGCUGGGACACUCGCACCUCAGCACGGUGUUGCGGCUCUCGGUUCGGGGCCCCCAGGGGCCGGUGUCUGGCUCCAGGCUGGUGUUUCUGCUGAGGAACCAGCUGCUGCGGGAGAAGAGCGACUACCUGCUGUUCAGAGCUCUGAGAGUCGACACCGUCUUGUGCCUGCUCCGCUGCUCGGGCCACGGUCAGUGUGAUCCCAUCUCUAAGGACUGUGCCUGCGACCCGUUCUGGACCCAGAACCUGGUUCGUCGAUACCUGGGCGACGGAGAGAGCAACUGUGAGUGGAGGGUGCUGUACGUCAUCCUGACCAGCUUCCUGCUCAUGGUCUUCAUCGUCUCCGUCAGCUGGACUUUCAUCUGCUGUUGCAGGAGGAGGAGACAGAAGGGGCCGAGGAGGAAAACCAAAUACACCAUCCUGGACAACAUGGACGAGCAGGAGAGGCUGGAGCUCAGACCCAAAUUCAGUAUCAAACACCGCAGCACGGAGCACAACUCCAGCCUGAUGAUGUCCGAGUCGGAGCUGGACAGCGACCAGGACACCAUCUUCAGCCGAGAGCGACCCGUCCGCAGCAGGAACCGGACCAGCGCCAGCGCCGCGCGCAACGGAAACGCCUUCGGGUGACGGACAGCUGACCUCCUGGUGACGAAACGGGACUCGUCUGUGAUGUUUGCACUCUUGGCAGGCAGAGACCACGGAUGUUUAAUAAGAACUGGAUACAGCCUGUUCUUUCCUGUGAGAGCUGCUCAUUGGCUCAUGAGGACAAAAUGGCCUUACAUUCUCAUGCCUUGCUGUGAGAGCAGAAGUACCUGUAUGUAGCUCAUAGAGCGCAGUUGAGUUUCCGCUUAAGCCCCGUCUCCUGACACUAAGCCCCGCCCCCUGUAAUUAAGCCCCCUCAGCUCAGUAGAAUGAAUGGAGAGAUAAAAUAAAUCUGGAUUCGGCUUUUAGUGCAUUUUUUUUUACUUUAAGUUGUAGUACCGCCGUUUGGACACAACGAAUAUUUUCCUCAGAGUCCGGAGCACUUCCUGGGGGCUUGGGCCAGAGAUUUAACUUCUUACAGUUCAAAGGACUUCAUUUCCCAGAAACCCUUUUUCUGUAAGGUCAGUUGAAUGAACCAGUGUCCCAUUUCAGGACUUAAUGCCUGGAGGAAAAACCUGCGACUCCUUACGAAGAAUAACACGGGUUUGGAACUUCCACAUUUUGUCCAAAAUAAAUGUGGAAGAUGCUUUACAAGAAGACAACCUCAAGGGCCUGUGUCUUGAAAAGAAGACUUCUAAAUAAGACAUUUAAAGAAGAAUCAGACAUUUUGGGAAAUCGUCCCAAGGGUCAGAAGGGGAGGUUGUACAGAGAGAGUACCAGAUGUGUUAGCAUAGCUUAGCACAACUUCUGCAAGCUAAGGGGUAACUGUUAUUCGAGCUUCAACAAAAGAGAAAACCUUUGAGCUACAACUAACAAUUAUUUGUAUUGGCAAUUUCUCUAUCAGUUAUUCAUUUUGUAUUAGAUGUCAUGAAACGGAGGGUUUCCUAAAGCCCAUAAUGACAUCCUCAAAUGUUUUAUUUUGUCCACAAAUCCCAAAAAUAUCUGUCAUAGGGGAAAAUAUAUUUACAUUUUAGAAGUUAGAUUGAUUCAUCGAUUAACUAAAAAGUUGGCGAUUUAUUUAAUAAUAAUGAACAACAAGCCUAUCGAAUAAUCUUUUCAGCUCCACACUCAACAUCUCCAAGUCUUGCACGUUGUGUCUUGUUAGCCACCACCACCAUAGUCACCAAUCUAUCCAAAUGUCCUCCAACUGUUAGCCAGCUGGACCAAGAUGCUAACUGGUCUGGAAGCUAAUUCAAUGAAUGGCUUUAUCUCAAAGUAAAACAAAUGUAGGAUUCGUCACAGCUAUCCAGUGAUUACUGCUUUGGCAAGCCGCUUGUUCAUGACAAAAAUAAACUUGACUUCAUUUCAA